CUUUUUUUUCUUCCUCCUCCUCCUCCGCGAGUUAUCGAGUGAAGCAUAUGACCAAAAGCAGAGGGGGGGGGGGGGUGAUGCCGAUUGAUAAUUAACUGAGGUACCGAAUUGGUGACGUGUGUGGAGGGGUGACGAGAGAGAGGGAGAGAGAGGGAGAGAGAGGGAGGCGGGCCGGAGAGGAGAGAGAGGUCUUGCCUCUUGUCUUGCUGAGGCUCUUUGAUUCAGUGGCAGUGGCUGAGACAACCCCGUUACCGGCCACCGUUUACCCGCGUAACUACGAGCUUCGAUCAUACGCAUGGUGAAGACUUCCGUGGAGGACAUCGCGUCUUCAUCUCUGUAGACGAAAUUAAAAAAGGACAUUUUGUCCAAAGCAGAACUUUUAUAAGAAAACCCGAUUCACGCUGGACGACAGCAAAGUCAGAAGAUGCUUUGCGUGUCCGAUGAGCGCAACAUCUGCAAGUCCGUCAGUGAGAGCUUAGCACACAAAAAGGAGUAGCCUACCUGCGAUGAAGAAACCCGCAAGAAGCUCCACGCGGUAAGAAGUGGAAGAGAGACACUGAGAGGGAAAGAUCAGACGGAAGAGAGUGGCGGUCAAAGAACAAACACCAGCGCGUCCUCAAAUGAUGGGGAUAAAGCACCUUCUGCUUCUUUUGAUUUACUUAGACCCGCUGAAUGUGCUGUGCGCCUCCGCCACCACCAACAAAAAGAGCAAAAACCCGCCGAGGAGGAACCCAAAGGUGAAGGAGGUCAACGGCAGCACCACCGCGGUCCCGCUGGCCGUUGCCGUCCCGGGGAAGAUCACCCAGGUCCAGGCUCCCACGGUCCAGCACGACACCUGCAUGGGCUACUACGACGUGAGCGGGCAGUACGACAAGGAGUUCAGCUGCAACAACACCGACCACCGCUUCUGCUGCGGCAGCUGCUUCCUACGCUUCUGCUGCGCGGACCGGGGAAAGCGGCUGGAGCAGAAGAGCUGCACCAACUACAACACACCGGACUGGAUCAAGACCCAGCCGCCGUCGCCGGCGCCGACAGGUGACACGUACGACCCGGAACUGGACCAGACCAACACCACGGUGUACAUCACCUGUGGGGUCGUGGCGCUCGUCAUCGCCAUUGGGAUUUCUGUUAAAGUUGCCUAUGAUAAAGCCACCAAGCCCCCUCAGGAAAUGAACGUGCACAGAGCCCUGGCAGACAUUCUGAGGCAACAGGGACCAGUUCCAAUAUCUCAGUACGAACAUGAAAACAUUGCAGCGAUUGAUGGAUCACCCGAAGAUGAGACGCCGGUCAGAACCUCGAAGAAUCAUUACACACCCGUUCACACCAAGGCAUCAAACCACGGGCACUAUGGGAAAGAAAACCUGCGCGGCGGAGGCCAAGACAUGCACAACUUCAUCUCUUCUGGGUUUGUGACACUCGGACGAGGCCACUUGAAAGCGCAGCACUCUAUAGACGAAUCGGGGCAGAUGUCCUGGCAGGGCGAUAUGGACAUCCCUCUCUCCUACGGAAACCAUCACCAUGACUAUCAGCACAGCCACCUGGACCUGACCGCGCUCACACCUAAACUGGCCCACAGACAAAUGAGACACGAGCGACCCCAGCGGAUGAACAACAUCCUGACCUCGGCCACGGAGCCCUACGACCUGUCCCUGUCCAGAUCCUUCCAGAACCUCAGCCAUCUGCCGCCCUCCUACGAGCUGGCCCUCAAGUCUGACUUAAGUAAAUACUCCUCCUCUCUACACAGAUUAAGUGAUAAGGAUGUAGAUGAGUACUACAUGAGGAAGCACCACCAUCCUGACUUUGGCGGCCGUGGUCCGACCCACAUGGUGAAGCUGAAUGCAGAUCCCCCGCAGCAUCAGCACCAGCAGCAUCAGCAGCAGCAGCAGCAUCAGCAGCAGCGGCAGCGUCCCCGCCGAGUCCAGAGGGCCAUGUCCCAGGACCACGUGCUGUCCCCUCCCAGGACGCCACGCCGCGGGGACUACGGCUUAUCUUCGUACGGCGUAAUGGCGGCCGCCGCGUACAGCAGCAGCCGCCACCUCUCGGACGAGCAGCUGCUGUCGGCGGACCGCCUCCACUCCCAGGAUCCCCUGCUGUCCCCGGCGAUGAGGCGCGACAAGUUUCGGGAGAAGGCGAUGGCGCGGGCGAUGUCGCACGCCGACAUGCUGAUGCCCGUCACGCCAGUCAUGGACCGCCACAAGAUGACCAAGAUGCACUCUCAACCCACUGCCUCUAACGACUCCUACAACACGCUGACGGUCAACCACCAAGCGACCACGUCUAAGAGGCAGGCGUUUGCCUCCCGACGAACACACACGGUGGACCACCUACAGUACAUUCCCGGCCAUCACCACACAUACCGCACUGCCAGUAAGAACGAGGUAACUGUUUAACUGCUGAGUGGUUGGCUGAAGGAUUCCUGAGACACACCAAGGACGUCAAGGGAAAUCUCCUGAGCAGAUACGUUCUGUCUUCGUAUGACAACGACCUACAUUUAAAGAAAUGUCCUGCUUUUUAGCACAAGCUUCCUGUGUCAUCCAGAAUCGACCCCGGCAAAGACUUCUCUCUCUUAGAGCAUCAUAAGGGCUUUGCGCGUUGACACAAAGACGGAUCCUUCAUGUCACAAGUUUGACAGCCUGAAGAAAAUAUUUUUUAAACUCGACAUGGGACUGGCAGGGAAUUGUAUCAACUUUAUAAAUAUAUAAAUAUACUAUAUUUACUAUUUGUAUUUUCAGUCCUUGUUAUAGCUUUAGAGAUUGACUGAUGUAAGCACUUCAAGAGGUGCCCCUUAAAAUUGCCCCAUUUCAGUGAUGAAGUGGAUUUGUGGGUUAAAAAGCACAAUUAACGAAUUCCCUUUUUCCGUUUGGUUUAUUUUACUCUUCUUCUUUGAUAAAUGGCCAGAACAUAUCAGCUUAUUAGUAAAAACAGAGAUUAUUUCUGUUGCAUACAAUAGAAGAUUGUAAAUAGGCUAAAUUAGCGGCAUUAAAACAAGAAAAUCUGGCCUUUUUUGAUUUUAUCGUUUUGUUUUCUCCCACCUGGAAUCUAUCCUGGAUUCCCAAUUAAUCAUUUUCAUUUUAGAUAAGGCAAAAAUCGACUAUUAUUUCCACAGAUGUCUGCAAAAUAUGUGGAUGUAAUAUGUAUAUGGGGAGUACUUUUUUUCUGUUUUACCUCUGCUUGUAGCAUAGAAUGAUGAGUAUGAAAAAAAACAUUGAAAUAGAAUAGAAGUAGAACGGACAUUAAACUGUUUUCAGAGGUAAUUUGAAAAGUGCAAAAGAAAAUGGUGAUUGUUGUUACACGCAUCGUUAAAGUGUUGCUCGCCGGGAAGAGAGCGGACGAAGCUCUGGAGACAGAUGGCUGGCUAAUUAGCUAGUCCUUCUCCAGAGCACCGGGGGGAGGCAGAGGGAAUGUUGGACCCAGCUCUUGCUGCUCGGCACCAAUCCGCUGUUGGGCUCAUUUUCUAUUAAGUGUAGCAUUAAAGCAUGGUGGAAUUAGUGAGCUAGCUAACUAGCCAGCUUACCGUUAGCUUAAUUCCACCAUGUUUUAAUGCUACCCUGGUUACAGAAAAUAAUCUGUACAAAUAUGCCACUCAUCUGGAGAUAGUUAUGUGCUUUCCUACUCUAUGACAAGAGUGUGUGGAUGAAGCAUUAAGUUGUAAAAUUGUACGCAUUUAUUCUAUAAGCUUUGUUACUUUACUUCUCCACUGCUGGUUUUAAUCUUACUGUAAAACAUCACCUCAGUGAGACCGCGACUUCCCUUAAGUCGGUUUAGUUUAUACAGAAGUUGUUAGCAAUGGUAAUGAUACAUAAAAAUGGCCGCCGCUCACACUGCUACGUUUGUUUGCAUGGGAAUGUCUGUUCUACUCUAUUCUAUUUCUAUGGAAACAACCUUUUACCAUUGCCGACUGGCAGCUUCAGUCUGCAAACGUAACUCCACAUGUGAAAUUGGAGCCCAAAAAUGGUUGUUUAAAUUAGAUGAAUUUCUGUUUACACAUUUCCUUUACUUCAUCAUCCUCGAGGAUGUCCCGCCCACUCUGCUCGGUUUGUGAUUGGCCAGCUGCUUCCAUCUCUACAGAUCAGGUACCCGUUAUGUCGGAGCUCAUAGUUCGUAGUUUUGUGACGCUGUGUUGACUGAAACAAUCAAAAGGACGUCAUAAUCGCUAGUCAGUCAAGCAUUAAUUAAAACUGUGAACUGUUUGUCCAGAUGUUUUCAUUAAAGCAAUGCCUUAUUGUAUGGAAUCUCAUGUGCUCUUAAUUGAACAAUCAUGCUUUUAUCGCUCGUCUCGUUGUCUCAGCUUUUUGUUCAAUAUUAUGGAUUAUAGUUUACAAGCAGUAAAAGCCCUGGUCAGUGAUGGAUGAUACAGUACAUAUACCUCAACAACACUAAAUUCAAUUAAAGGAGUCUCAAACUUUAAGAGGAAAACAAUCAAUACGUACUAGAGGGUAUCUCUAUUCGAAAUGUGUCACAUUAAUCACAUUAACUGAAUCAGCUUUGUUGUAGGUUUAUGGGCUCAUGGGUGCUUUUUGUUUUCAGCAGUUUUGUAAAUUCAGGCUGGAUUAGAGCCUCCGGUCUGUUUAAAAUGACUAAUACCUGAGUGGAUCCAAAUGGACUCUCUAUGGGCUCUGAUCCAAUGGUGGCUCAUGAUCACUGCAGGAGAAUAACUUUUAUUUUUAACACCGAUGGAUUGUGUGAGGUGCAUGAAAGAGUAUCAUGCGACUGUUUAGACAGACAAGAGUAAGUCUAAAAAUCCAGAUUUAAAGCUAAAGUAGGUAAUGUACUGUAGAAACAUUUUUGUUAUACUUGUCAAAAUUCUUAUUACAUCCCUACAGGAAUCAAAAAAGCAAAUGCUCCUACCUACCUGUUGACCAUGUUUGUUGUUUAUGUUCAUAAUGAUCAUUUUAGGAGUCUCUUUAGAGGAAGGCCUGAGGGAGCGGGCGGGCUGCCCAGGCCCUUAAAGAAAAGCACUGGACUUUUGAUGAAAUUUCGACAUAGUGGCCAAACGGUGGAAUUAUAACUUCCUGGUCGGUUACGUAAAGCCAUUGGGCCUAAAAACAUUCAUAUACAUACAAGACAAUUCUUUUGAAGUGAAUCAUUUUCCCGAUACAAACGCUUGAACAGUCAUUAUGUCCUAAAAUUUGAAAAAUAGCUGAAUCCAGAGUUACUCUCCCUCCGAGAACAAGACUAAACCGUGGGCUGGGAGGUGGGGCUGAAGGAAAUUCUAGUGAGCGUGCUCCAUGGGCCCGAUAAUGUGGAAGAUCGUUGGAAGAUCUAGGCAAUUUUAUUACUGGAAGUCAAACUUUUUUUGCUUAAUGCGCCACUGAGCAACUUUUAUAGCAAUGAAUGUGGCCACGCCUCCAAUGCUGUAUCUUUAUAUGUCUGCUGUGUUGUUGACUUUUCCGCUAGAAUUAGCAACAGUUGGAGCAAGUGCUGCAAGCUACUUUUAUCGGAAAAUAAUUGUCAACACUGGGAUGGAUUUUCAGCUGGAUAAUGUUUAAAAUCUAGUGUACUCUUGUAAGUUUCACCAAUGUUACCUACCCAAGCUUUUAAGUCCCAAAUCAAGAUGGUGAGUCCAGAAUGCGGACCCAUGAAGACCUCUACUAAAGAGUCCAAAGGCCUUGACAAUAUGCUUGUUUUUUUUUACCCUCAAACUGUUUGACAAUAAACAAUCUUUCAGUAUGAAAAUCUUUGUAUUUCCUAGACUUGCACUGUCCAUUCCCUAAAAUGCCAAGAACAAUUAUGAAAUCCUGUUAGAGAUCAACAUUCAUCAGAUGAAAACCUUAAUGUACCAGUAAAA